GAAGUUAUCCAGUAAUUGUCUAACCAACCUUCCAACAACAAUUGACUUUUCUUCUUUUAUUUUUUUUUCCCCAAUUAAAAGAAAAAGAGUUCGGACAACCGAAAGAGAAUCUUUUUAUGAAAAUUUAGUUGAUUUUGAUGACGAAAUUUGUUGAUGAAUGUAGACAUAUGUUCAUGUAUGGAAUAUAUCCUGUAACUCUGAAUGCAAUUUGAUAUACCCUUUAUCAACCUAACAUCUUCUUCUUCUCUGCAUAUUUGUGAUACACAAUUUCUGGUGGAAUUCAAUUGAGAAUAAUUGGUGCCGAAGAAAUGGAUUCAUUAGGAUUAGGAUUGUAGUGCUGUGCAUUUAGCCUUUCUGAUCUGGAUCUUUCAUUUCAGAGGCUGAAAAAUGUCUGUUCAACAGGACAAUACACAGGACAAUACAGUGGGCAAUACAGAGGGCAAUAAUGUCUCUGGUGCCCGCCUCUAUGACCUUCUACAAAUGGACACUUCUCCAAGUGAUAGUGAUCAGAUGGAACCGCAAAUGCAAGACUAUUCUUUGAGUCCUCGAUGUAGACUAAAGGCUCUAAUGAAAGAGUCUGGCAAUCAAUUUUGUGCAGAUUGUGGAUCUCCCGAUCCAAAAUGGGUGUCUUUAAGUCUUGGAGUGUUUAUAUGUAUCAAGUGCUCGGGUGUACAUAGAAGCCUUGGAGUGCAUAUAUCGAAGGUGGUUUCAGUGAAAUUAGAUGAGUGGACACAUGAGCAAGUUGAUAUUUUAACUGAGAUGGGCGGAAAUAAUGUUGCAAACUUGAAGUACGAAGCUGCCUUUCCAGAAAAUUAUAAAAAGAUAAAGCCGGAUUCGUCCACCGAAGAGCGCAAUGACUUUAUCAGGAGAAAAUACGAGCUGCAACAGUUUGUGAAUUCCGAUUUACAUUUGAUGUGCCCGCUUCCAACAACUUCUUCUAGUUCAACCUCCGAGAAGAAACAUUCGGGUGGCCAUCGAAUCCAUGGUCUGGGAUUUGCAUUUCGCAACAGCUGGAGAAAGAAAGAGUCCGACACCCAGAAGGCGACUAGGAAAAGUAACUCAAUGGCAGGUAUGGUUGAAUUCAUCGGACUGAUCAAAGUGAAUGUGGUAAGGGGCACCAACCUAGCUAUCCGUGAUAUGGUAUCCAGCGAUCCUUAUGUUAUUCUAACCUUGGGAAACCAGUCAGUGAAGACGCGCGUCAUAAAAAACAAUUUGAACCCGGUGUGGAACGAGCAACUAAUGUUGUCAAUUCCAGAGAACGUCCCUCCUCUAAAAGUGCAUGUGUUUGACAAGGAUACAUUUACGACAGAUGAUUUUAUGGGGGAGGCGGAGAUCGACAUCCAACCUCUCCUCGUGGCUGCGAGAGCAUCUGAGAAUUCCACCAAGAACGAUCCGGUGCAGCAGCAGCCCCGGACACCAAAGAAAGCGGAAACAGAAAACGCCAUGCCCCCGCCCCUGCCCCUGCCCCCGCCCCCACUUCCACCAGAUGGCACUAUAAACCUCGCAGAAGGUACAGUGAGGCAGGAAAUAGUCUUAAAGCUGCAGAAUGUUGAGAGGGGAGUGUUGGAGGUUGAGCUUGAAUGUGUGUCUCUCUCACAAUAGUUCACAAAGUUAAACUGAAAACAAAAUCCAUUUGCAUUUGCACUACAGAUAUCAUAUGAUAGCUUAUUUUGCUUCAGAAACAGUUUGGGAAAAUUUUUGCAGCCUCUGCUGAGUUAGUUGUUGCUUCUAAGCUGCAAUUAAUCUCAGAGAUACUGGGGGGAUACCUUUGACCUAGAAACAGUGUGCAAUAUAAUGAUGUUUGUUUGAUGGAUGGAGGGGAUCCAUUUUUAGAUUUUCUAUGUAAAUUAAAUAAAUUCAUUAGUUAAUGCAAUUACUAACAACUCCUUGUGAAUGUA